GUCAUAACCCGAGCAAACAGGUGUCCCGGAUUAUCCGCCAUCAACUCACGCCCGACAUUAUUUUGCACUUCCUAGUUCGAAAAUUUGGUAUUUUGGCUUCAGUGUUUACCAAAACAAAAUGACGGAACGCCACCUGGAUUGUGCCCUUGAUUUGAUGAGACGCUUGCCUCCACAGCAAGUGGAGAAAAACUUAAGUGAUCUCAUAGACUUGUGUCCAACCUUGGUGGAAGAUUUGUUGUCAUCAGUCGACCAGCCCCUGAAGGUGGCACGUGACAAGGAAACAGGCAAAGACUACCUGUUGUGUGAUUAUAACAGAGAUGGAGACUCAUACCGAUCUCCAUGGACGAAUACAUAUAAUCCUCCUUUAAGUGAUGGUGCCAUUCCUUCAGACAAGUUACGUAGACUAGAAAUUGAAGCUAAUGAGGCUUUUGAUGUGUACCGAGAAAUGUACUAUGAAGGUGGUGUAUCAUCGGUCUACCUCUGGGAUUUAGAUCAUGGUUUUGCUGGGGUCGUGUUAAUGAAGAAGGCUGGAGACUCUGCUGCGGUUAAAGGGUGCUGGGAUUCUAUCCAUGUGAUUGAAGUGCUGGAAAAGUCAAAUGGACGUAAUGCACAUUAUAAACUCACGUCGACUGUGAUGUUGUGGCUGCAGAGUAAAGGGGAUCAGUCAGGCAUUAUGAAUGCUGGCGGGAACUUGUGCAGGCAGACUGAGCUGGAUUCCCCAGUCACCGAUGCAAGUCCCCACAUUGCCAAUAUUGGUCGAAUGAUUGAGGAUUUGGAAAACAAAAUGAGGUCUACAUUAAACGAAAUCUACUUUGGGAAAGCAAAGGACGUCAUGAAUAACCUACGAAGCGUCGCGGACCUCAAAAUGAGGAAGCCACAAGCAGCUUUAGCCAAGGAAUUAUGUAAUAAGUUUAACACAAGAGCAGACAGUUGAAUAAUUUCUCUCCUGUGUAAAUUUUAGUGUAUGACAGAGUAGUCUGGACUUUAGGACCUGGGCAUGAUUCAUAAGGUAUAUCCUGCAGUCUUAAACUAAGUAGUAGAUGACACUGUACAAGUGAUGUCACAUUCUUAAGACUGCUUUGGGUUAUUUCAUUUCUAUAAGGCUUACAAUACAUUAAUCGCCAAACAAGCCUUGUGAGGGCUAUAAAUCAAUUUCAUUUUGUCAUCCAUUUUAUACUCUCGGCCUCCUCUUCAGAUUACCAAUUUGUGAUUCAAUAUGAUGUCUGAGGAUAAGAAAAUGUUUGAAAAAUUCCAUGAGGCAUUUGACAGGUUGCAUCACGUUAGUCUAAAAUGUGGCUGUGGGUGUCAAAAAGUAUUGGUAUGUGCAGAUAGUGUCGAGUUCAACAAUUGGAGAUUUCGAUUCGUCCAACAUUCACAUUAUCCGUGUUGCUGCAAAACAGCCUAUCAGAUAUUACAGGAGAGUUGCCUCGUCUUGGUCAAGGGGGCAGGGUAAUGAUGGUAUGUUAUGUCACUAAACUUUACGUGUCAGUCUUUCGAAUGUGGCACACGCUCCUUUUCUCUUUGAUUAUUGCAUUUAACCAUGAUUAAUCAGUAUCGUAAAUUGCAUGACAAGACCUCUUACGUUAAAUUUCUGCCAAUAAUUGAUUUCGAUCUAGUAGAAAAGAUAAUUCUGAACAUUUUUCACCCUGAAUUGUACAUUUUAGUGUAGGAUGAAAUAUUUGUGCAGACACUGUCAGUGACCGGACCUAAAGCUGCUGACAACUUCAGGUUGAUGCUCAGCUAUAUAGGAUUUGUUAUCACUUGUUGUUAUGUUUAUUAUCACAAAGUACUGUGGGACUGUGGAGGUGUAUAAGGAAACUUUGCAAUAGACUCCCAGUCUAAUUGGGGUAGGCUUUGUAACUAGUUCUGGCCAAUUUUUCUUCCCCAAUGUUGCAACGUAAAUAGGGUAGUUUGCGAUUUAGUUUGGUUGUGUGCACCAAUUAGAAUGAACAUUGUACGAUGUGCUAUUAAAAUUACUGCAAAAACCUAUUACUUCUCUCGUCUCAACCAUCACACCCGGGCAGGUUUUGCAGCAAACAACUGUGCAUCUUAUGGUAUCUAGAUACAGAUCUGUUCUCUGGCUUCUAAGGGAGUGCCUAUGAUUGGUAUAAACGAGAGCUCUACAAGUGCUGAACAUUAUCAUUGUAACAAGAAGGGCAUGGGUACUUACAAGUUAAGUUGACACCGCAGAUUACUUUGAUUGAAUAAGAAAAGCUGUAUUGUGCGGUUUAAAGAAUCCGAGGUUUUGAUAUGUACUAAUGUGACCAGCAUGAGAAAUUCCAUCUCAUUCCCCCCCCCCCCCCAAAAUAAGACUGAAAUAGUCAGUCCCUUUUUCACAUUUCACGAUGGAUAUCAUGUAACAGGAUUUGCCCAAAUGGGUUAUGUUUGCUGGGAACAACACUUUCUGAAUAAGAAGUUCAUCUUAUUGGAGGACAUAUAAGAAAUUUGUAUGCAAACUUGUAAUAUAUGGUCUAUAUAUCUAAAUAAAUAAAAUAUGGUAACAAUGCUA